UAGAAGGCCAAAUUCACUUGCAUAGCCAAAACUUUGACGGUUGUGACAAAUAUAGCCACUUUUGGCGAAAUACCAGAAAUAGCCAGGAUUUUGAAAGUCCGAUGACAAAUAUAGCCAUUUCCGUUAAAUAGUUUGACGGCGUCAAUGACACCGUUAGUCUAUUUAACGGACAGAUGAUGUGGCUGCCACCUCACCUUGUGUUUCCUUCCCACCUCAGCAUCUAUUGACAUGUGGGAUGCCACGUCAUCCUUAAUGGGUAAAAAAAAAAUGUGUUAUUUGUUUCAUUUCCCCAAUUCAAACCCAUUUAGGGUUUCUGCUCUUCUCGACGAACCUCCUUUCCGCCGAUUGAAGCAGCAGCAGCACUCGUGGACGACUUUCCCCGCUCCGCCGCACUCGUGGACGACUUCCCCCGCUCCGCCGCACUCGAGUCGACGACUUCCCCCUUUCCGCCGCACUCGCACUCGAACGUCGACCCAGCAUCGAACGAAGACCACCCCGCCGCCUCCCUUUCCUUUCGCGUCGACCCAGCCUCGAACGAAGACCACCCCGCCGCCUCCCUUUCCUUUCGCUAACGACGGCCCCCGCGACGACCCCUUCCUCGUCUUCACUGUUUCUCGCCAUCCACGACCGCCGGAGAUCGGCGAAGACCCCUUCUCCUACGUCAUGUCUCACCGGGGUGGAUCAUCUUCCAGAAGCGAGAACAGCAUUGGGGUAGUCUGUUGCUACCACAAUCUUCCUGCUGUGACUAAUAGAGCCGGUACUGAGUCCAACUCAGGAAGGAGAUUCUACGGAUGCAAGUUUUGGAUGGUAAAGGAGGUUGGCAGAAUCUUCAUUUUCCAGUUGUGUAUGUUUGAGAGUUGUGACCAUACACUCUGUUGAUGCAGGUACCAAAAAAGAACUGCAAUUUUUUUAGGUGGGUGGAUGGGGCGGUGGAUGAAGGCGAUGCCUCGAACUCUGGCAUAGACAGUACAAUUCUUAAUCUACAAGAGAAUUUACGGUUGGCUGAGGCUAAGGCAGAGAGAAGGAAGAAGGAGAGAAAAAUUGUCGUCCAAGAGCUGAGGAAGGUUAACAAUGAUGUUCGUGUCAUUCGACAUAUGUUCGCCGUUGUUAUUUUUUUGAAUGUAGCGUUACUUGCCGUAGUGUUGGCCAAUCGCAGCAGUAUGAUUUAGGAAGAUUUGUUCUAAGUUAGUGUUAUGUAUUGUUAUGACAAGUAAUGUGUUUCUCGCAAGCUAUGCAGUGUUUAUGAAUUGAAUUGGCAA